AUGUCGGGGAUGCAACACUACGUUUGUGGUUUUCUUCAAUUUUCUUCUCCAGAUUCCCUCGUCCCUAUACCCAAAGCUCUUUUACGUUCCAUGGUUGGACUCAAAGUGGCCUAUUUUGGCUCAGACUUUUUCAGUAUCAGAUGCUUAGAUCAUCUGAUGAACUUGAGCUUCAAACAGCAUCAUAUUGGAACACUGGACUUGAUUGCUAAGCAUUCCAAACGGGGUGGUAGAGGUAAUAAACAGAUCCUGGAAACCCCAAUAGUCAGCUAUGCUAAAUUGAAACAAUUGAACAUUUUGAGAGCGGAGAAGAACUCGGAAAUUGAAAGUCUUUCCGCUAAUAGCUAUGACCUGGCAAUUGCUGUUUCCUAUGGCAAAUUAAUACCACAGACAUUUCUCAAAAGCCUCAGAUAUGGGGGGCUUAAUGUCCAUCCGUCUCUACUACCGAAAUACUCAGGACCUGCACCACUACAGCAUACUAUUUUAAAUGGUGACAGUGUCACUGGCGUCACCGUUCAGGCUUUGCAUCCUACCACUUUUGAUAAAGGAUCUGUACUAAAACAAGAAGUCUGUCACGAUUACCGUCCUGAUUCAGAAACAACCGAAUCUUUAGGGCUUAAACUUGCUGAUCUAGGCGGCCCGCUACUAAGUGACGUUGUGAAGUUCACUUUUGAUAAUUUAAUUCUUCCUGAACCCGUAGAAACCUCAAAUGAAUACAGUUAUGCACCAAAGCCAUCGCCCUCUCUGUAUCAGAUAAAUUGGAAUGUGCUCUCUACAACAGAGAUUAUCAGACGGUUUAACGCUUUGGGCCCACUUUAUACCUUCAAGCAUUGUCAUGUAGUCAAGAAACCCCCUUUCACCGGCUUGAAAAGGGUCAUCCUAGAUAAAAUCUCCCCAAUAGCAGAUAUAUCAUCCAAUCUAUCAGCGGAAUUGACAACUCCAGGAAUGUUUACUUCGGUAGAGGACGGUCUCAUUAUUAAAAGUCUUGACGGAUAUAUCAAGGUAAAAUCUCUAAAGUUUCAAGGAUUUGGAAGUCAGGACUCAAACUCUUUCAUGGCUAGUUUACCGAAAAGAACUGGCGAUUCAGUGCAUGUAUUUCUAUUUAACGACUCAUAA